CACUAAGUAAACGUGGCGAGCGACAACUGAGAGCGUUAGAUACAUCAAAAAAGGCUAAAAGAGAAGAACAACUCAUGGAGGGGUGACGCAACGAAGAUCUACAUCAAAAUCUAUCACUACAUGAGAAAGUAGACCAGAACAAGCUAUGGGAGUGAAAAAAGUUGCUUUCGUGGAGAGUAAAGCGGUAAUACUAAUGGACGAAAUUACUCGAGCGCGACCGCGAUAGCGGUAAAGCUAAAGACAAAGACGCAUCUGUAGAGCGAGCAGCCAACCACGAUGAAGUUGAAAUCAAAGCAUUGUUUUAGCGGGAUCGUAGUUUUUUCAGAGGUGUAGGUUUUGCUCUUAGUUUUGCAAUUUUUUUCAAUUUCUUGUUUCUGCUGUUCUUUUGCGCACGUUGAUUUUGCUCUUUGUUUUGCUUAUCAAAUUAUCAAUUUCAUCGAGGAAAAAGGGACCAGAUCAGUUUCUUCUCCUGCUUCGGGAGACUUGUCACGACCACUCCAUCUUCCAGAAGAGCCGCUCCGGCGGUGGUUCCACGGCCCCACAAUGAAGACGGCCGCAUUGGGGCGUGCGGCGUGCGAGCUACCUAUUUUGGUCUCCUCCAUGUUGCAACCGGACUGAUGUUAAGACACGAGCAAAGCGGGGGUGGUGAACAGGAAUAAAGAUAAACUUCAGGUGGAGUCGUCCACCACCACCACGAGCUGGUACUGCAGAGUUCUUGGAUCUCCAGCACCUUCGAUCCGCUUCUUCUACUUGCGUGGCGCACGAGUUCGCUACUUCUACCUACGGGAGUACUAGUUCUUGUCCCAGGAAGUAGAACAACUCCCACUACGUGGUAGUAACUUUGAAAGUCACAUCUUCAAAGUAAGACACCGACUGCAGCCAUGGUGACCUGCGGUUCGAGCUGUGAUGACCUCGACUGGUCCCAGUUGGUCACCCACUCGAUCCUCGGCUUUGGCCCCGCCGCGGUGAUGGCAUUGUGGGGGAUUUUGUUCUCCAUCCAGGCCAAGCAGAACGACUACUUCAUGCUCCGAAACGCCAUCGACGCCCACUUUAUGCGGAGCUGGAGUAGUCGGGAGUAUCCGACGAAAAUGUGGGUGAUCUCCGUUUUUCAGUACUCCGUCUUCGCGCUCAGGAGUUACCAGAAAACCUACCUGUCCAUCUUCUGGAUGGUUGAGAUCGUGUAGCUAUUUUUUUUUUGAAGAUGAGUGGUUGAUGAUUCACUUUCGCAUGCAGCUCUUUGCAAAGAUCUCAGGUUUUUUGUCUCGAUGUACGUUCGUAGAAGGAGAAGGAGGUCGAUGUUGAAAUUGCUGAGCGUGUCAAUUACACAAAACUCACCACGAAGAUCUUGAUCGUAAACUACGACUUCUUUAUCCAAAAACCUCAGGUUGGAAGUUUGGUGUUGGUUUGAAGGGUUGAAAUAUUGGAGUCGGAAGCAGUUGGUUGGCACCAGUCCCGGGCUGAACGCGAGUUUGGGCAUCAUGCUGUACGAAACCGUGAUGCUCGGGAGUCUCGCCGCCGUCCCGCUGACUACCGGUUGGUUCUCCUUCAGUUUCUUCGCCGCGUUACGGGUCAAGCACGUUUGGGACGGGUUCCAAAACACCCGUUUCGUCGACAACGCGCUGGGGUUCUACCAAAUGCUGAAUCUCGCCAUCCGCAUCGGCUCGCAGUUAUUUUUCGCCGCGGCUUUGGUCAUGGUGUUGGAGAUAUGCAUUGCAAAUAUGUCUGGGUCUGGAAACUUGUGAUGCAAGAAAGGGCACAGUGAGCACACUCUCAUGCGCUGGCAAGCAUUACAAGUUUUUCCGUGGUUCUGAGUUGCGCACUGCGCAUGAGAAACUGCGUUUUUGAAUGACAGACAAGAGGAGCGCUUCGCGGCUACGCAAUACAGAGUUUAGAGUCAUGCCAGACUAGCAUCGCAAAUCUCGCAAUCUUCCACACCCAGGUAUAUUUGCAUUUCAUAGAUGAACGUUGGGGAGCCGGACGUGGGUACCUGGUUUCAGAAGAAGGACAACCCCCGCGCGUGGACGGUCUUUACCAGUCUGUACUACGUUUUGACCACAAUAACCACCGUGGGGUACGGCGAUUUGGUCCCCAGCACCGGCCUGGGCCGGAUCUUCGCGAUCUUCAGCAUCAUGGGGGGCAUCGCGUCGAUUUUGGUCGUGAUGUUUUCCUUGGUCAAGAUGGCGAGACAGAAGAAGGUCGGAAAGGGUACGUACCCCACCCGGGAAAAACCUCCCCACAUCGUCGUGAUGGGGUCCCCGGACGGCGCCACGCUGAUUUCCGUUAUCCAAGAACUUUUCCACCCCGACCGGAGCGACGACGCCGAGGAUCUGGAGCUGGUGAUUCUCUUUUCCACCCCGAAUGACGCUUUGGAGACCGUGCAGAACUACUUGAGAAGGGGCGAAAACCUCGCGCUGGCGAGUCGAAUACACUUGUUGGUUGGGGACAUUUUAGACGCGGGGGACCGGAAAAGGGUGGCCUGCACCACGGCGUCGGCAUUCAUCAUUCUCCCCCACAUGAUAUCAAAUGCAAAAGUGUGUGGGUCUGAGAGAUUCCGAGAUUUGUCAUGCAGUUUUUUCAAGCUCCGGCUCCCCCACGUCUGGAAUGCAGGGCCUAGCAUCACAGGUUCUGCAGCUCCUUGGUGAUGCGUAUUCUGCAUGAGUGCCCUCUCAGCAUGGCCAGAAGUGGGCACCUUUUGCACGUUCUGCAUCACAGAUCUUUGUAGGAUGCGAAACACGCAUCACAAGUUCGGAGCCCUCCAGACCCAGUACAUAUUUGCAUUUGAUACAUGAACAGCGGUGACCCGGAAGAGGACGAUCGGGUGAACAUUGUGAGGACGCUAGCGUUGCGCAAGUACCACGCGGAUGUAAGGGCGAUUCUACUCCUGUACAACGGGGAAUAUCGGUAUUUACUGGGGAGGAAAUCGGACAAAACGUUCUCCGUGAAAGAGACGCUGAUGCGGACGUUGAUCAAAGACAGCGAAAAAUCCGACGACAAAAAGGAGGGGCGGAUCAGCGAGAAACUAGCGGUUCUUGCCAUCGACGAAGUGAAGUACAGCCUGAUCGGGAAAUCGACGCAGGUGCCGUCCUUUUUCACGAUUAUUUCUAACCUCGUGACCACCUGCGCGGUCGAUGAAGACGAUUUAGAUGAAGACAUGUACGACUGGCAACGGGAGUACUACACGUCGCUCGGGUUGGAGCUGUACGAAGAGCCCUUAUCCGAGGCGUACGCCCAGAAAAAGUGCAGCUUCGGGCAGGUGGUGCUGGACAUUUUAACCCGGACCAACAACACGUUUCAGUCAGUGUACCUCAUCGGGCUGAUCGAGAUCACGUUCUUCGACGGGACCAACGCGAACCAAAUGAACAACGAACCGGACCCGUUGACAGGUAUUCGUAUUCGGAGUUCGCAUGAUAAACUGGCCUCCAGCAUGACAAAGAACAGUUGCCACUCGCAUUCAAGCAUCAUAUGUCUUGUUGUCCUUCAAAUCUCGCAUCACAAAUCCAGAGUCAGACGCAUCUGCAAUGCAUGAGAGACUCUACUAAUUCAUAUACAGGUCAAAUGCAGCAGCAGCAACAGGCGGACGUGGGUCCCGGGGAAACCAGUGACGGCAACACUUCGUUUUCCAGGAAAGUCCUCAUCAAUCCCGGCCCCGAGUACGAAAUCAAGCCAAAUUCCCGCACCUUGCAGACCUUCGGCUGCUUUAUCGCCGCGGAUCGUGACGCCAUCGUGCAGAUGCGCCAGAACGACUUACUUCUGGGGGUGGCAGACGCCGAGGAGUCGAGUGGGGCGCCUAUAUGCAUUGCACAAGUAUCGUUAGCGUUACUCGUCGUAAAGAUCAUUCUUGCAAGCAGGCAUGGCAAAUGUUGAGGCUCAAGCUGAGUCAGCAUUUGCAGUAGAAGUUGCGUCGACUUUCAUGCGAAGAAAGUAGUGUCUAAAUGCAAUUGUUGCUAAUGAGUUGUGUUGUAGAUGUAGUCAGUGCGAUACUUUUGCAGUGCAUAGCCGAAGAAGUACUACAAGUCUGUGAAAGCGCGGUUCGAUUACAAGGCGGAAGUAGACCCCAACGCAGAUCUCAGUCACAACCGCUUGACGUUGGAAGUCCUCCAGAAGCUGUCGCACCAAAAGGAAAACGCGAUAAAUCCAAGACAGGUAUUAUUUAAAUUACUCAAGUAGGUUCUAGUUCUACAACGGUGGUGCAGAAUAACUCUAUUUUCGCUUUAGUGCGAGAAAGGGGUGGCGUGGUGUUAGGUCGACUGCUGUAUUGCACUGCUGCACUUUAUUUGAAAACGGGUAACUGCAUGAAGCCGAGAUUCUCGAAACAACUGGAAAGCAUUCAUUUCAAAAAAAAAAAUCAUAUUCCCGCAACAUGAUCAUAACUCCAGAUGCCACACUCCCUCCUAGUCAAGGGUGGUCACAUCAUGAUGUGCAUCGUGGGUCUGAAGUACCCAAACACGAUGGGUUUGAAGCACUUUGUGCACACCUGCGGCGAGAUAAAUUUCUACGACGAGGACACCGGGAGGAAGGCGGAUAGGAGCACGGUGACACUCGCGUCAGAAGUGCCCAUUCUGGUCUAUCAACUGCAAAUAUGUAGUCUGGGUCUGGAAGAGUGCAAGUUUGUCAUGCUUGUCGCACAUGACUCUUGACUUGAAUCUGUAACGCAUGAGCAGGAAGGCAGCCUCUUACCUGUCAUGCAAAAACGCAGUUUGUCAUGCGGGAAGCGAAACACAUAGGAGCUCAGAAACUUGUCAUGCGUGGCAGCGUAACGAAGUGCGCCCACCAUUCACACACUAGCAUCACAAGCUUCCAGACCGAGACAUAUUUGCAGUUGAUAUGGUCUUGGCGGAGGCGAUUCCGACGGAUUGGGUGCACGUGUCCAUGAUGCGCAACGUCUUUUUUAUGAAAGGUAUUGAUGUACAAGUACACACUUGCUUACUGGAGGGAAGAUCUUGUUUGGUAUCUUUCUAGAAAAUAAUUGAAAGCGCUAGAUCAACUACUACAUAAACAACAGUACUGUACCCACAUGCAGAAAAUAAAAGCGCAUACUUUUUCCCAGGCAACCCACUCGUUCUCUUCGACUUGGAGCAGGCGAAUUUCCGCGAAGCUAACGUGAUCUACGUGGCCCAGUGCCGGGGGUAUGCAAUGCAAAAGCAUCGUACUUGUACAAAUUGCAUCACAAAUUUCCUUAGCAUGAGAAAUAAAAUUUGUAAUGCUGUUUUACCUUAGGAAGAAGAUUUGCCAUGCAUAUUUGCAAUUACCACGAGCGCGAUACUUUUGCACAUGAUAGGGGGCAGAUGGCCGCCAAAGCGCGGGUCGAACCCGAUGAGGACGACGAGGAAGCGCAGCCGGAGGACGACGGGAUUGACGACAGUAUCGACGAGCAAAUGGUCGACGCCGAGUCCAUUUUCUGCACGCGGUUCAUCGAGCAGCAGCUGAAAAACGAGAGCGGCAACAAGGAGGAGCAGGAGGAGGGCGUGAUCGAGGACGUGGAUCGCUUCGCCUGCGGCGUGGUCCCCGACGGCCCGCUGUUGAUAACCGAACUGACCUAUGCACUGCAAAUAUGUCUGCGUCUGGAAGAUUAGGUGGAUGACCAGGCUUGUCAUGCAUAUUUUGCAUGGCCCAUGGUGCCUGUAAUGCAUGGCCUAGCAUCACAGAUUUUUAGGGGGCUUUCUGAUGCCUACUCCGCAUGACAAAUGCCUUCCCCGCGUAGCACAAACUGGACUCCUAUGGCUGGCCAUGCAAUUACAGACUUUUCUAGUUUCCAAAAAUAGCAUUACAAGUUGCAACCCUCCAGACCCAGACAUAUUUGCAUUUGAUAUAACCCUGGACGAGAUGCACCAGUACCUCCCCUUCAUUGACGACGAGGUACUGGUAUGCAUUGCAAAAGCAUCGUACUAGUAUAAAUUGCAAUACAAAUUAGCUCAGCAUGACAAAUGGAAUUUGUCAUGCUGUUUUACCUUGGGAUGGAGAUUUGUAAUGCAUAAACGCAAUUAGUACGAGUGCGAUACUUUUGCAGAGGAUAACUGGAGGAGACCUUCAUCCAGGAACUCGAACUCGCCACGAAGGAGCAGAAGGAGGCGAGCGCCGGCGCGCUCGCGCUCGGGGCCAAAACGGCCCGGUUCACGGCGGCGCGGCAGGCGGUCACCGGCUUUUUGGUGCGGUCGCUGACCAAAGAUUUCUGGAAGAUGCUGUACGGCACGUUCGAAUUCCUGUCGUUGCUGAUCAAGGGCGGCAUAGAGGGGAAGCAGGAGACCAACGCGGAGGAGGCGGCGGAGGAAAAACGGUUGCAGUCCUCGUUUUUCGACGGGCCCAGCGGGACCGGGGACAUGCAGGCAAUGUUCUUCCCGAGGUACUUAUUUACAGUUUUUGCAUUUGCUCUUUUUGUUUUCGUUCCAACUCAGCAUCGAGGUUGGCUGCCCAUAGCCGGGGAGUUGGAUAAUCUGUGCGACUGGGACUGCGUGUGAUCAGAAUAAAAAGCACGACUACAACAAGAACACUUCAUUAUCAGAUACGCCUCCGGAGGCUGCUUUACCGCGGGGGUGUUCACGUCUCUGGCGGUUGGUACGUUUUACAACCCAUCGCUGCCGGCUCUGGUGAAGGCACUGGUCGACCACGAGCAGAUCGUCCUGCGGGUUCCCCAGAAGUUCGUGGGCCGCUCGUUGUUCCAGCUCUUCGACUAUGCAAGACAAAUUUCCCUUGUUACACUGAUGAAAGCUACAUGACAGCAAGAAUUUAUGUAGGAGCGGACACACAUCACUUCUUCUUCUUGUCAUGCUAAAGAGAAUACGUUGUACUGCAAAGCGUCAUGCAGGAGCCUCUUCAGUGUACGGAGAUAAAUUUACCCCUGGACACCCGAUGGAUGUUGUUUAACAAGGGGCUGCUGGUCAUCGGACUGUACCGUCAGAGCCGUCCCCGCCGGGAGCCACUGAUGAUGUCCUCCCUUGGCCUGAACGCGGAUCCGGUCAGCUACUGCAAGAAGCGUCGGAUGGCGCAAGAGCUGAACGCGGCCUUCUGCUACCUGUGCUCCUGUCCCUCGGUCAACGAAACCUUUUUGAAGGAGGAGGACCGCGCCCUCUGUCUCGCACUCAGCGAAAAGGUGGACCCCUACGCAGCCAGGCUCCGGGCGAGGCAGUAGGCAGGUUGGCGUCUUCGUGGGGGCGGAGCGGAUGGGCCGUGUGGGGGAGGUCGUGGAGCAUUUCCGCCGGGUAGUUCUCGUGUGCUUCGCUUUCUCCCUGAAGGAAAAGAUGAACAGCGGGGCUGCAGUGAAUGAAGGAAGCGGAGCGCAGGUUGAAAGAGCCGGCGGAGUUGCAGUGGCAAGCAGUCGUGGCAACACGAUCUGCACUGGCACGACGGUCAAUCCCCUCCGGCCUGCUACUUACACAAGCGGUUUUUUUGAAAUAUUUUUGAAAAGUUGUAAGUUGACGGUAGCUUGACUGCUAACUUUGCAACUACCCGUCAGGAGAAGAGAUUGAACAAGAACAUGUUUCGAAUUAUCGAUAAGUACACAAAAACCCUUUAUCGUCUCGAAUUUUUCUAUGUUUGGCUACGUUUUCAGACUCGUUUCUCGGGCAAACUACGCAUUUCGAAAGGUCGCUCACUACAACCGAGUCGCGGGGCGUGCUUGAGCAUUGUGAUGUAGCUUUCUACAAACAGACCAUGCGCAACUGAUAUGCCUGAAAGCUGUUGCGUCUUGAACGUGACGAACAAGAGGAAAGCUCGUCUGUGUAUGUGUUUGCGCUGAAGCAAUUUAAUUAUGUCUGGAACAAAGAU